UACAAACAACCUCUGUAAUAGCUUGGCUCGACUCAAAAGGCAUUGCUGGGGAUCGAACCAAAGUCACCUGUGUGAAUAACUCUCCAAACCAACUGAGGCAUCCAUUAUUGACACCCAUAUUUUGCCCAUUUCUUAUUGGUAACAAGUAACAACCAUCCAAACAAGGCCUAGUGUUCAGAUGCAUUUCGAAAGAAAGCCCUAAACCCUACAACUUCAUUUUGCGUUCUUCUCCAUUUCACACACACAGAGAAACACCAAAUUCAGUAAAAAUGGCUUCUUUGUGUGCAUCAAGAGCAGCCAUUUUCAAGCGGAAGAAGCUUCUAUGCUUAACAUCAACAUCAUCAUUCUACUGCACUGAAUCCCCAAUUCCAACAACAGGUAAACAAAAUCAUCAUCCUAAACCCCAAGAUGAAAAACUAGAAGAUGUAAUUUGUCGAAUGAUGUCUACACGCGCUUGGACAACGCGUUUACAGAAUUCCAUUAGAAACAUUGUACCCUCAUUCAAUGAUGAGCUUGUUUACAAUGUGUUGCACAGUGCGAAGGAUUCUGAGCACGCGUUGAAUUUCUUCAGGUGGGUUGAAAGAUCUGGUAUUUUUAGGCAUAAUAGAGAAACCCAUUUCAAGAUUAUGCAAAUUCUUGGUAGAGCUGAGAAGCUUAAUCAUGCUAGGUGUAUAUUACUUGAUAUGCCUAAUAAAGGUGUUGAUUGGGAUGAAGAUUUGUGGGUUUUAUUGAUUGAUAGUUAUGGUAAAGCUGGGAUAGUUCAAGAGAGUGUUAAGCUGUUUGCGAAAAUGGAAGAGUUAGGUGUUGAAAGGACUGUUAAAUCUUAUAAUGCUUUGUUUAAUGUGAUAACUCGUAAGGGGCGAUAUAUGAUGGCGAAGAGGUAUUUUAAUAAGAUGGUUAAUGAAGGGAUUGAGCCGACUGGACAUACGUUUAAUCUUUUGAUUUGGGGGUUCUUUUUAUCGUCGAAGGUGGAUACUGCCAUUAGGUUCUUUGAGGAUAUGAAGAGUAGGGGGAUUAUGCCCGAUUUAGUAACUUAUAAUACCAUGAUUAAUGGAUAUAACCGGGUUAAGAAAAUUGAGGAGGCGGAGAAGUAUUUUGUGGAAAUAAAGGCGAGGAAUUUGGAGCCGAAUGUGAUUAGUUAUACGACGAUGAUUAAGGGGUAUAGCUUGGUUGGGAGAAUAGAUGAUGCAUUGAGAUUGUUUGAAGAGAUGAAGAGUUUUGGUAUUAAACCAAAUGCUAUUACUUAUUCGACGUUGUUGCCUGGUCUUUGUGAUGCAAAGAAAAUGUCCGAAGCUAGGAUGAUUUUGAAAGAGAUGGAAGAGAAGUAUAUCGAACCCAAAGAUAGCGCAAUCUUCAUUAGGUUAAUCUCCGGACAGUGUGAGGCAGGUGAUUUAGAUGCUGCUGCUGAUGUUCUGAAAACUAUGAUAAGGUUAAGUGUUCCGACUGAGGCUGGGCAUUAUGGUGUCUUAAUUGAGAAUUUCUGCAAGGCUGGUAAAUAUGAUCGAGCUGUCAAAUUUCUGGAUAAGCUUAUUGAGAAAGAAAUCAUCCUGCGACCACAGAGUAGUUUGUCUAUGGAACCAAGUGCAUAUAUCCUGAUUACUGAUUACCUAUGCAAUAAUGGCCAGACAGGCAAAGCUGAAACUCUUUUUAGACAAUUGAUGAAAAUUGGGGUUCAAGAUCCUGUUGUCUUUAACAAUCUUGUUUGUGGGCACUCAAAAGAAGGGGUUCCUGAUUCGGCGUUUGAACUUUUGAAGAUUAUGGGCAGAAGAAAGGUUCUUUCUGAUGGUAUUGCUCACAAGUCACUUGUUGAGAGCUAUCUGAAGAAAGGGGAGGCUGCUGAUGCUAAAACUGCUUUGGACAAUAUGAUUGAACAUGGACAUGACCCGGACUCGUUGUUGUAUAGAUCAGUGAUGGAGAGCCUGAUGGGUGAUGGAAGGGUUCAAACAGCAAGUCGGGUGAUGAAAAUCAUGUUGGAGAAGGGUGUGAAAGAACACAUGGAUUUAAUUUCUACUAUCUUGGAAGCCCUCCUCAUGAGGGGCCAUGUUGAGGAGGCCCUUGGAAGAAUUGAAUUGUUGUUAAACAACAGCCUCUCACCUGAUUUUGAUGGUCUCUUGGCGGUUCUAUGCGAGAAAGGAAAGGCUACUGCUGCCCUGAAGCUGUUAGAUUUCAGUUUAGAGAGAAAUUGUAACAUAGACUAUUCAAGCUAUGAUAAGGUGCUGGAUUCUCUUGUAGCUGCUGGGAAGACACUUAAUGCCUACUCUAUGUUGUGCAAGAUGAUGGAGAAAGGAGGAGUUAAAGAUCAUAAGAGUUGUGAAGAGUUAAUUAAGAGCCUCAAUGAUGAGGGAAACACAAAGCAAGCAGAUAUUCUAAGAAGAAUGAUACUCGGAAAGGAAACAACACUUGACAGCAAGAAAGGGAAGAAAAAGACAGCAAUGGCUACCUGAUUCCUGUAAUUUUUCUACAGGAUCAGGAAGCGGUAGAGGCAGAGGGGGUCGUUCGGGCGGACGAACUUUUGGUAGGGGAAAGUUAUCUUGAUGAUAGAGUGGAGCAAUUUUGGAGUAAUGUUAAGGGUGAGAAAUAUUUUGAGCGUAGCCGAAAGUAUGGCCUAAUGGGGUUAGCAGUGUUGUAGUCUACUUCUUCCUUUCUCUGUCUUUCAGAAAUGUCAUGAUGGCUUGGUGUUGUUAACAGGAAUUUCUGUGAAAGAUUAAUGCUCGAAGGGUCACGGGUUCAAGCUGUGGAAACAGUCUCUUGCAGAAAUGCGGGGUAAGGCUAGUUAAACUCUUGUGGUUCGGCCCUUCCCGAACCUCGCACAUAGCAGAAGCUUUAUGCACCGGGCUGCCUUUUUGCCUCUCUUCCUCCCCGAGGUAGUGGUAAGGUACGUACAAUUUACCCUCGCCAGAACUCACUUGUGGGAUUUCAAUGGGUAUGUUGUUCUUGUUGUAUUAGUGCUUGAAGACACCCGAAUGUACAACUGUUAAUGAAGAUAGUGAAAAUCAGUUCUUCUUGGUCCUGCUUCCUUUUGCCAA